AUGACUGAGGUGCCUUUGGGAUAUGACAUCUUCUCCGAUUUAAACCUGUAUCUGGUGAUCGGACUGGGCUCUGUUUCGUUUCUUUUACUCAUCACUAUAUUGGUCACCAUCGUGCUGAAGUGUCAGAAAACGAAGCAGACAUUCAGUCUGAAUCCUGACAGUGGAGAAAUCAGAGUAAAAGAAAUGAUUAAUUAUGAGGAUUUCAGGAUCUAUGAUAUGGAAAUUAUAGCAACAGAUAAAGGAGCUAAUAGUCUGUCUGGAAAGUGUAAAGUUAAGAUUUUAAUCACAGAUAUGAAUGACAAUCAUCCUGAAAUUUCUAUAAAAUCAUUCUCAAGUCCAGUGAAAGAGGAUAUAGCUGUAAAUACUGUAAUUGCAGUUGUUAGUGUGAGUGAUAAAGACUCAGGAGAAAAUGGACAGGUAGAUAUUCAUAUUUCUGAUGAUUUACCUUUUGCACUCAAAGAAACGUCUGAUAAUUAUUAUGAAUUAUUAGUUUCAGAACCGUUAGACCGUGAAAAGGUUCCAGAAUAUGACAUCACUAUUACCGUGACUGACAGGGGCAUCCCGUCGUUAUCUGAUAAUGAAACUAUAACUUUAGAGCUGCUGGACGUUAACGACAAUGUUCCUCAGUUCCCACAGACAUUCUACACGAUACCUGUUAUGGAGAAUAACGCGCCUGGAGCUUUACUGAGCUCUUUAACUGCUAUAGACCCAGAUCUCCAUGAAAAUCAGUAUUUAGUCUAUUUUAUCAUAGAGAAGGAAAUAGUGAACACCUCCAUGUCCAUGCUGUUCUCCAUUAACCCAGAGAACGGGAAUCUUUACGCGCUAAAGACGUUUGACUAUGAGAUAGAGAAGGAGUUUCUUUUCCACAUCGAGGCCAGAGACUCUGGCGUUCCUCCGCUCAGCAGUAACGUGACCGUUCACAUUAUUAUCAUGGAUCAGAACGACAACACACCGCUUAUAGUGUCUCCAUGGCGCGCGCACGGUUCGGUGGUGGAGGAAAAGAUCCCGAGAUCCACCGAUAAAGGGACUCUGAUAUCCAAAGUCAUCGCCAUAGACUCUGAUUCAGUGCACAACUCUCGAAUCACGUACCAGUUUCUCCACAACACUGACGCGACAUUAUUCAGCUUGGAUCAAUAUAACGGAGAGAUCCGGACCAUGAGAAUGUUCAGUUACAGAGACUCGCGCCACCAGCAGCUGGUUGUGAUCGCCAAAGACAACGGAGAGCCCGCGCUCUCUGCUACAGUCACCAUCAAACUGUCCACGGUGGAGACCGCCCUUAAAACCUAUGCUGACAUGACUGAGGUGCCUUUGGGAUAUGACAUCUUCUCCGAUUUAAACCUGUAUCUGGUGAUCGGACUGGGCUCUGUUUCAUUUCUUUUACUCAUCACUAUAUUGGUCACCAUCGUGCUGAAGUGUCAGAAAACGAAGCCCAGCAAAGCGGCUCCUCCGAGCAGGAACAGUGUGAUCAGCGAGAGGAACUCGACCAUCGCGGAUUCCACUCUGGUCUCCAACGAUGCCUACUGGUACAGUUUAUUUCUAGCAGAGACCAGGAAAGGAAAGCUGGUGGUCAGACAGCCUGUGCCAAAGGGAUCGAGAUACAUCGUGUCCAGUAUACCGAGGGGCACAGGAAUGACCGAGACCAGCGACUCAGCUGCUUCUACUCUACAGGUAGGCUCAGAUAUGUUUUUUUUCUUCAGCAAAACAGUGAGCAAUGCUUGA